AAAAAAAAAAAAACUCUUUUAUGAAAACCUCAAAAAAGUGAAGAGAGAAGAAGAAACUGUAAAAUUUCACCCUUUCAUUUGUGGCAUUUCCACAAACACCACAACUCCAUCAUCCAUGGAAGCUCUUGCUUCACUUCACCACCGUCACCAACCUCUUUGUUCUUCUCUCCACCCUUCUCUAUCAUCAACCACCGCUUCUUCUCUCUUUCUCUCACAACCUUCACCUUCAACUUCACCAUCAUCUUCCAUUAGAGCUUUAUCUUCACCAUCACCCCCUUCUUCUGAAUCUCUUCAAAAUCUUCAAUACCCAGAAACCAAAAUCCCUCAAUUUUUCAACCCUCUUGUCAAAGUUCCAAACUUUGACCCUCCUCGUCAAAACCCAGAACCCAAAUCUCCUCAAUUUUUUAACCCUAUUAGUAAAUUUCCCUCUUUUGUUACUGUUACUGUUGCUGCAUCAGCUUUUCUCUUUCUGGGUUGUUGUCAAAAUGGGUUUAACAAACCAAUAACAUCACUUUCUUCAGUUGUUUCUGUUGAGGAAAAAGCAUUGGAUGAAAAAAGUGAUAUUGAAGAAUUUUUGGGAAAUAAACCAGAUCACAUUGAAUCUGUUUUGUAUUUGAAGAUGAAAGAGAGAAUUCGCGUUGUUCACAGUUUCAAGAAAAUUAAAACUGAUGAUGAUGAAGCAUGGGAAGUUUUGAGAGCAGAGGUUGUUAGCUGCAGUGAGAAUUUGGAGUUGAUUAAGGUUGGUUUUGAAGAGAUAUUGGAGAAAGAUAUGGAUUGUAACAAGUCGCAUCAGGGUCGUGUUCUCGAGUACCUUGAAAUGGUUGAUGAAUGUAAUGGCUUGUUGAAGGGUAUUAAGGUUGCAAUGGAUAGGUGUGAGAGAGAGGAUGCAGAUAUAAAUCGUUAUCUUAGAUUAUUCGGCAAGGUUGUUGAUCGUAUUAGGGUCUUGGAAGGUGAUAUGGUUGGUGCUUUGAAGUAUUUUAAGCAGCUUGAACAAGAGUCUAUUCAAGAGAAAAAGUUAGCUGCAGGACGUGUUGUGGCAGUGGCAAUUGAGAACAACAAAACAAGCCAAUAUGCAGCUAAAUGGGCUGUUGAUAAUCUUCUUCCUAAAGAUCAACAUCUCUUAUUAGUCCAUGUUAGACAAAAAGCUUCUUCCAUUCCUACAACAACUGGAAGCCACGUAUCUGUUGAUGCCAAUGAUGAUGUAGGCAGAGCAUAUAUGCGACAAAUGGACAACGAAUCUAAGGAGCUAUUCAGUUCGUUUCGUGUCUUCUGCAAUAGAAAGAAUAUACUAUGCAAGGAAGUUUUAUUGGAGGACAUGGAUGUAUCUAAGGCAAUCAUAGAAGGUAUUAGAGAAUAUUCCAUUGAACUUUUGGUUCUUGGGGCACCAUCAAGAAGUGGUCUUGUGAGAAGAUUUAGGACAAGUGAUGUUCCUAGCCUUGUGUCUAAAGGGGCACCUGAGUUCUGCACCGUGUACAUUAUUUCCAAAGGAAAAAUCCAAUCUGUUAAAACUGCUACUUCUCCAUUAACACCGAAAGCCAUGCCGCGUAACAAUGCAUUGCAGCCACAACAAAGUCCUGAUAGAAUCAAUGUACAACAGUUAAUGCGAAACCACCCACUACGACCCUCAAAUGAGAAACCAACAUACCUUGCACAUCGUCCAGGCGACGAAGGUGAAAUCAUAUCACCAUUCACAAAAGGUGCAAGACCCACACACAGAUCGUAUGAAUCCUCAAUCUCUGACUCAGACAUCUCAUUCGUCAGCAGUGGAAGGCCAAGCAUUGAUAGGAUGUUCCCUUCAUUGUAUGAAGAAAUGGACUCUGGAAAUGGAAUCACCCCUCGAAUUUCAGGAAGCUCGGAUUAUGAUCUUAGAAGCUUCGGUUCGUUGUACUCAGGUGUUAAGUCAAUUGAUCACAAUGAUUAUUCAUUCACUUCACAAGACAGCGGUCGUAGUGGGAUGUCCAUGUCAUCACAAUCAAGGAUAUCAUACUCGGACGAAGUGGAAGCUGAAAUGAGGAGGUUGAGGUUAGAGUUGAAGCAAACAAUGGAAAUGUAUAGUACAGCUUGUAAGGAAGCACUAACAGCUAAAGAAAAGGCACUAGAACUUCAACGUUGGAAAUUGGACGAACAAAGGAAAUUGGAAGAUACACGAUUUUCUGAAGAAACAUCAUUGGAAGUAGCUGAGAAAGAGAGAGCAAAAUCUAAAGCUGCUAUGGAGGCAGCAGAAGCAUCACGAAAAAUUGCAGAGUUGGAAGCACAAAAAAGAGUGAGUGUGGAAAUGAAAUCUAACUCUGAUUCUGAUCAGAGAAAAAGGACAUUUGGAGACAGUGUAUUAAAUAGUCCUGCAAGGUACAGAAGAUACACUAUUGAAGAAAUAGAAGAAGCAACAAAUUACUUUUCCAACUCAUUGAAGAUUGGUGAAGGAGGUUAUGGACCAGUCUAUAGGGCCGAACUAGAUCACACCGCAGUUGCUAUAAAAGUGUUAAAACCUGAUGCGGCUCAAGGACGCUCACAGUUUCAACAGGAGGUUGAAGUGUUGAGUAGCAUAAGGCAUCCACACAUGGUUCUCCUCCUUGGAGCAUGUCCGGAGUUUGGUUGCCUGGUGUAUGAGCACAUGACCAAUGGAAGCUUGGAUGAUUGCCUAUUCAGGAGAAAUAAUAGUAAAUUACCAGUUCUACCAUGGCAGCUAAGAUUUCGAAUUGCUGCGGAGAUUGCAACCGGUCUCCUUUUCCUUCACCAGACAAAACCUGAACCAUUGGUGCACCGUGACUUGAAACCUGGAAACAUUUUGCUCGACCGGAACUAUGUGAGCAAAAUCAGCGAUGUAGGGCUGGCAAGGCUUGUCCCUCCCUCAGUUGCAGACACCGUGACACAGUAUCGCAUGACAGCAACCGCUGGAACUUUCUGUUACAUUGAUCCGGAGUACCAACAGACGGGGAUGCUUGGAACCAAGUCUGAUAUUUACUCACUUGGGAUCAUGCUUCUACAAAUGAUAACAGCGAAGCCACCAAUGGGUUUGAGUCACCAUGUUGCAAGAUCUAUUGAGAAAGGUACUUUUGAUGAGAUGCUUGAUCCUGCCGUUGAGGAUUGGCCAAUUGAACAGGCUAUGCAUUUUGCCAAGCUUGCUAUUCAGUGUGCAGAAAUGAGAAGAAAAGACAGACCUGAUCUUGGCAAAGUUAUUUUGCCUGAGCUCAACAAACUCAGAGAUUUUGCUGAUGAAAACAUGCCUAUGAUGAUGAUGAUGUUUGGUGGUGGUGCAGGAUUCGCUCAAAGAAAUAACAAUUACUUGCGAUCAAGAUUUUCCUCAUCAAUUCAAGACUCAAUGAGUGAAUCCCAGUCAUUGUCAUUGUCAGGAUAUGAAAGCCAUUCAAGCUCAUCAUCGAUGGGAAAAAUGUAAAUUCUGCACUACAUAGUAAAUAUUAAUGCUUCUUCUGCUUUGUUUUCGACAAUGUGAUGCAUAAAGUGUGUUUCAAGAUGAUGAACCAAAGCGGCAUAAUGUCAAGACAUUGCAACCGGCAUCCACUUCAAAGUCUAAGUUCUGGGUUGAUUUGUGAAUGAGAAUACAACAGACAUGAAUGUAAAUGUAACUAUAUAUGUAAUUGUUCAAUUGUAUUUAGCAAUUUUUUGUCAUUCAUGAAUACAACAGACUUGAAACUUACAACCGUGUUCUUGCA